AUAAUUCAAUCAACCAAUUAAUCAAAGAAACAAACAAAAUCAAAGCUAAAGUCGAUAAUUGAAAGAACGAACAAAUAUUCAAUUAAAAAAUCAAGCUUGAGCUAUUAACAAAAGGAAAUUAUAUGUAAUAUGAAAAAUUAAAUUACUCAAGACAAGGUUUAAUAUGAAGGCUGGGAAAAUAAAAGGAGGUCUGCGAAUUAAGACAUUGGAUAAAAUAAGUCAGGCUAAUAGUCUUAAUAUAGUAAAGGCAUAUCACAAGCCAAGAAUCUGUUAGCAGUUGUCAAGUUAGAUAUUGGAGAAGGUCAAACAGACGUUAUUAGAGUUUAUUAGGGAGAUGAUAUAAUUAAAGUUGUAAAGAAUUUUUGUUAGCAGCAUGAACUUGAUGAGAAAUGUGUGGUGCACAUGGUGAGACAUAUCACUCAUGAAAUAAACCUAGCAUAAUCAAAGGAAACUAAAAGACAAGCUGUCUAGCAUAAUCAUUAAAAUGAAUAAUUUUUACCAUAAGAUGCUUAGUAAUAAUCAAUUUAGAGUAGUGAGAAGGAAGAUAUUUAAAGUUAAACAACUAAUUCUUCUUCAAAGCAAAACUAUCUUUAAUUUAAUAAUCCACUUUCACCUGGAUAGGCAUAGGGAAUUAAUUUAGACUAAUUUUCUUCUACAUCAACGAACAAAAGUCAUAAUAAAAGUAAAGAAGGAUUAGUUAGAAAUAAUGUUGUAGAAAAAGGCUUGCUUUAAUAAGAGGGAGAAGUUUUAGAUGAUUAAUUGGGAAGCGAUAACGAUAAUUAUGAAAUAUAUAAAAAUCAUUACUUUUCCAAAAAUCCAGUUGAUUUUAAUCCAAGUUAAUCUAGACACAAGAAUAAGGAAGACAUAAAGUAAAUACAAAGUAAUAGUUCAUUAAACAGCUAAGAAGUUUAUUAGGCUAGAAAUUCUCAUAAGGUAUAGAAUGAAGGCGGAUAAAAUUUUAAAAAAAGCCAAAAGGAAUAUCAAAAUAUUUCAACAAAUUACGAUAAAAGUGCUUAACAGCUUAAUUAGAAUAAAAAGCAACACUAAAAAAUGUAAGAAAAUUAUGAGAAAUGGCACAAAUUUAUUGAACUAAAAAAUAAUUUAAAUGCAAGGUCAAGAGAAGAUUUAAAAUCAGCAAUAAAUAAUUAAAGUAAUUUGAAUUCUUAAAAUAACCAGUAGGAUGAUAAGCGAGCUAGAUCUUAAUCAUAAAGAUAUCAGUCACCCAUGGCUUCUCAACAUACUACUUCUUAAUUUUACAAUAAAAACUCUUAAUUAAAAUCAGAUAGGAGACACGCAGUUAGUAAUCACUAAAACAACAGCUUUGAAAAUACUAACGAUUUCUUAGACGAAUAUUAAAUACUAGAAAAAAUACGAAACGAAGGUUUAUUACCAAAUAAUUUGACAAAAGCUUAAUAAAAAAUGGUUAUUGGAAAUACUAAAUUCUCUCCUAAACGCAAACAAAAAUUUUUAACAUCAGGAUCUUCUGGCUAACCAUCUUCUUCCUCUUCUUCCUACACAGAAAAAAAUUUAAAGAAUAUCGCUACUUAACUUUCUAAUAUUGAAGAGAUGAAUUCUUCUAUAAGUUAAAAUACAAGCAGAAUAGAUGCCACAAAUAAUGCUAAUUUUUAGAGUAGUAAUUCUCUCUUGUCCUCUUCUGUAAAUCAAAAUAUAUUGGGUAGUAAUUUUCAUUAAAACGCUUAAAAUCUUCACAGUAGCACCAAUUUAAACAAAUCAAAUAAAAUUGAUGACCAAAUUUUAAAAAAGCAUACAAAAGUGUUAAAAACUCCCACCCGAAAUUCUAACAAAUUCGAUUAAUCACAUCAAUAAGUUUCUCCACUUUCUUAAAGAAAUAGUAUUAAAACUUCUUAAUAAGUAUAACAACAAUUGUUAGGUUCUCUUUAAAAAAGAGUGUAGGGAAUAGUCCCUCUAUUAGAUAUAAAAAAAGCAUAAGCAGAUAAUAGUGGGAAAUUACACACUGAUUAGCAUCAAUAUUCACAAACUCAAAGAAGCCCAAGAAAUAUAUAAACAUAAAGAGAUAAUUAUGUUAACGAAGAUCCAAUAAAAAUUAGUGGUAAUUUAACUGAUAGAGACCAAAAAGGAAGACAAGAAGAAUAGCAUUUAAAAUAUAAAAAUAAGGUUCCACUGACAAUCCGAAUGAAGCAAAAUGGUUCUCCAGAUAACAGUCAUAAAUCGUCUUUUAACAUAAGCUCAAAACUCUACAAUUAACAAAAGCAAUAGGAACUCAAUCAAAAAAAUUAGCAAGAAAGUCUUGAGAAUAACAGCUUAUUGAAAUACUUGCAAGAGAGUUCAGGUAAAUCCUCUAAUUAAGACAACAUAGUAAAAGUAGACUUAGAGUCUUAUCAAAGACACAAAAAAGUAAAAACCUUAACACCUCAAACUGAUAAAUCUCAUAAGAGAGAUGAUUGCUACAAUGAUUACUUCUAAAAUACAAGUUAACUUGACAAAUCUACUGAUUUAGCUUCUUCUAAAUAGAGCAGAGUAAAAAACAGUAGUUCUAUACAUUAAACAUAAAAUAUUAACGAAAGAAUACAAAAAUCUCCAAUAAGAAAUAAUAUCUCUAAUUUAGAAAAGCAAAAUACAACUUUUGACGUUCCUUCUGGUCAUAAUAUAUCUUAAAUCCAUAAAUUACUAACAAAUGGGUAAAUUUAAGCAAACAACUCUGUUAUUCAUAAUCCGAGCUAUGAAAAUAACAGCAGAAAAGAAAGUAAAGUAUCUAAAAACGGUCCCUUUAUUUUACCUGGUUCAAGAGUUGCUGGAAACGAACUACAAGCUAGAUUAUCUCCUCCAAAUAAAAUAAUUUAAUAAAAUUAAAAUUUAAUUUAAGAUUAAAGUUCUAGCUUUAAUCAUCCUCAUCAUAAUGAAUUGCUUGUCAAUAGAUUGCUAAGAUAAAAGGAAAUUUAAAAACCUAAUGAAACCUUUGUAAAUAACAUUAUUGAUAAUAGUAAAUCUUCAACUUAACAACCAAAAGAAUAGCAAAAAAAAUAAGAUGUUGUUAUUAAUUAAGUAAAUACUGUGAAAAUGGAGUUUUAAGAUUUCUUAUACCAAAAAAUAUUUAAAAAAAUGGAUAGUGAUGGUGAUGGAACGAUCUCGGUGCUAGAUGUUGAUAUUAAUUCAUUAAAAACAGACAUAUUAGAGGUUUUACAAAAUUUUCUUUUAGAUUUGGCUGAUAAUGGAAACAUUAAGUACACAUUUAACUCAUUUUUAGAAUACAUCAACAGCAAAAAGUAAAUGAUAGAAGCUCUUCAAUAAAUUUACAACAAGAAAUAUCUCAAUAAAAUGGACCAAGCUAUCUAACAUAUGAUUUAAUCAUAAACAAAAUAAAUAGAAAAGCUCCCUGCUCAAUCUCCUAAGUAAUAAUUUUUAUAAAAGUAGGACUAGCAUUAAUUAAAUAAGAUACUUUUGCAAUAGCAAGAAUAAUAAUAGUAACAAUAGAUAUAAUAACAAUAAAUGUACUAAUAAUAAUCAUAAUAAUAAGUUUACUAACAAUAGUAAUAAUAAUAAUAAUAAUUGUAUCAAUAGCAAUAAUAAUACCAACAGUAGUUAAAAUAACAGUAAUAACAUGUUUAAUCAUAAAAUAAAAUUGUAAAUAAUAACUAAAAUAAUAUAUAGAAAACUUAAAAUCAAAGUUAAAUUUAGCAAAGUUAUUUGCCAUUGCAGUAAUAAAUAAACUAAUUUAAUGAAUAAGUUCUAUUAUAGUAAUAAAAUUAAUAGCAACAAUUAGGUAAAAAGGGAAACGAUAUUACAUUCAAUUUUAUUUAGCCUCCAUCAAGAAACAGUUUACAAAGUGACUAAUUAAGUUAACCUAAAUUACACUAAGAGUUUUCAUUCCAGCCAAAAUUCUUUACUCAAUUAGACAAAUAACAACUUCAUUAAGGAUAAUAAUAAAUUUAAGAAGAGGAUGAUAACAAUGAAGAGGAUCCUAUAACUCAUUUUGUAGAUCUUUCAAGUCACUUAAAGAAGAAAAAUAAAACUACAAAUGAUUAAGUUAACCAAAAAGGUUUUAAUUUCUAGUAAGAAUAGGUAUAAAAUAAACCAAUUUAAAACAAAGAAAUGAAUAAUAACUUGAAUAAAAAUAUUUAAUCUCCAAAUCAAUAAAGUAACAAUUAAAAUGUAGAUCACGUCAAUUUUUCUUUUAGCGAAGACCCAUAACAAAGCAGAUUUGUAACGAAUACUCUAAAUAUUAAGGCAAAUCAUACUGUUCAAAAUAACGUUAGGGAUAUCAAUAUUUCUUCUCAAAAUCACUCUCCCUCAUUUCAUGAAUAAAACAAUUCUUAUGCUGGUUUUGGUAGCUAGAGCUAUAGCAAUAGCAAUAACAAUAACAAUCCUUAAGAUAAUAUCGGAUAAGAGCUCCUUGUCUCAUUCUCUAAUUAAUCAAUCCCAUUUCGCGAACCUUCUUUUGGCAACAAUAAUAAUCACUAUAAUUAAUUUUUAAAUAGUCAUAAUGAUAACAAUGCUUAAAAUUCUUAAUAAAACUAAGUCUCAGCUCCUUAAAUAAUUUCAGGGCGCUAUAAAAACUUAGUCUAAAAGUAAUUUAACAUAAAUACAAAUUGA